AUGCCCGUCUCCAAGGCGACCAAGAAGUUCCAAAAGGACAAGCUCGGCGACACCAUCAAGCGCCGCAAAGAUGUCGCCAAGAUCAAGCAGCGCAAGCAGAUGGACGCCAAGAAGAAAGAGCGCAAGGCCAGAGACAAUGCGCGCGCCGACGACGUCGAGGAGGAGGCGGCUGCCAAGAGGCUCAAGAUGAACGGGGCAAAGGAUGACAAGCUGGGCGAGAUGUCCAUGGACCAAUUCUUCCAGGGCGGCUUCCAGAUCCCAGAGAUGAGCAAGAAGAAGACCAAGCCAAAGACUGGCAAGCGAAAGCGCACACCUGUUGACGAGGAUGCUUCAGAGGGCUCUGAUGAGGACAUGGCAGAGGCACCGGGCGUUGCUGACGAUUCGGGAUCUGACAGCGAGUCGGGCGACGACAUGGACACUCAUAAGGAACAGCUCGCUGGGCUGGCGGAAAAGGACCCCGAGUUCUACAAAUACCUCAAGGAAAACGAUGCCGAACUCCUAGACUUUGCCGAAGACGCCGACCUCGCUGAGAUUGACGCACUCUCUGCCAGUGAGGACGAGGCCACGCCACGGAAAAAGCACAAGGCCGACGAGCCAGAGACUACGGGCAACGAUCUCACAAUCAAGACUGUUCAGAAAUGGAAAUCUUCAAUGGAGUCCAAGCACUCUUUGCGCGCCAUGAAGGAGGUUGUUCUUGCAUUCCGCUCUGCUGCACACAUGAACGAUGAGGACAGUGGAAAGUCAUACAAGUACUCGAUAACAGAUCCAGAUGUAUAUCACCAGGUCCAAGUAACUACUCUUCAGCUUGUCCCCAAGGUCCUCCAACAUCAUCUACCUGUCAAGGAGAGUGCUGGCGGCAAGAUUCGCGUUCCUACAGAUACCAAAAAGUUCCGCACUCUUACGCCCCUUCUCAAGUCGCAUACCGUCUCGAUGCACCACCUGCUUGAGAACUUGGCCGAUGCGAAAACAUUGAAGAUGACUCUGGAUUCCUUGUCAAGCCUCCUCCCAUAUGUUCUCUCAUUCAAGAAGAUCAUUCGCGAGGUUACACGCUCAGUUGCCGCUGUAUGGGCCGACAGCUCCAACAACGACGGCACCCGAGUAUCAGCCUUUCUCGUAUUGCGACGUCUGUUGGUCAUUGCCGACCCAAGCAUCCGUGAGGCUGUCUUGAAGCAAACAUACCAAGGCCUUGUCAAGGGCGCAAGAAACACUACAGUCCAUAACGUGCAGGGCAUCAAUCUCAUGAAGAACACUGCGUCUGAACUCUGGGGCAUCGAUCCAACAGUAGGUUACACAACUGGCUUUGGCUUCAUCCGUCAACUUGCCAUACAUCUCCGGACCAGUAUCACAAACAAGACGAAGGACUCCUACAAGACAGUAUACAACUGGCAGUACAUCCAUUCCCUAGACUUUUGGUCCCGUGUAGUAUCGAUGCACUGUGAGUCUCUCCGGGAAGCCGAGGCUGGAAAGGCAUCACCGCUACGACCGCUCAUCUAUCCCGUUGUCCAAGUCACGCUCGGAGCUAUGCGCCUCAUCCCGACAUCGCAAUACUUCCCUCUCCGGUUCCAACUUGUGCGCUCCCUUCUCCGCAUCUCUCAAGCAACUUCAACCUACAUUCCUUUGGCACCCGCCCUUAUCGAAGUCCUGAACUCGGCCGAAAUGAAGAAGCCACCGAAACCCAGCACUCUCAAGGCGCUCGAUUUCAACGUCAGCAUCCGCGCGACAAAGGCUUACCUACACACACGCGUCUACCAAGAUGGCAUUGGCGAGCAAGUUGCAGAGCUUCUUUCUGAGUUCUUCAUCCUCUGGACCAAGAACAUUGCUUUCCCCGAACUCGCACUCCCUGUCAUUGUCAUGCUCAAGAGAUGGGUCAAGGCCAUGACCAAGAAGAGCGGCGGAAACAAGAACAACAAGGUCUCGUCUAUGCUUGCCCUUCUUGUCCAGAAGCUCGAGGCAAACUCGCGCUGGGUCGAGGAGAAGCGCAACAAGGUUGAAUUUGCGCCCAACAACCGCGCCGGUGUCGAAGGUUUCCUGAAGGAGGUCGAAUGGGAGAAGACUCCUCUGGGCGCUUUUGUCGCGGGCCAGAGAAAGACCAGAGAGCAGAAGCAGAAGAUGCUGGAUGAUGCGCGCAAGACGGAGGAUAAGAAGAGGAAGGAGGCUGAGAUGGAGGGAAAGAAGAAUGGCGAGGUGUUUGAGGAUGACGAUGAGGAGGAGGCUAGCGACGAUGAAGAGGAGGAGGUUGAUAUUGAAGGACUGAGCGAUGAGGAUGUGGAUAUGGAAGAUGAUGACGAGGAAGAGAGUGAUGACGAGUAG